AUGACGCAACAAAGGCUUUUCCGUGAAGUCGCCACAACCCAGAAGCUUCGAAUGAACACUUCUACUAUGGAAAUGAACAAACAGACACAGAAAGAUUACUUCCCAAAGUUCUUCGAACUUCCGGCCGAGCUACGCAACAGAAUCUAUGAGCUAUCUGAGCUCAUUCCCACAGAAUAUGAUCUGGAUGCAUUUGGGCCAGCGGCUGAUAUGGCGUGGUCGCGGACCCAUCCCCAAUCGUCAUUGACGUUAGUCUCCCGUCAAGUCAGAGGCGAGGUACUGAGUCUUUUGCACAGCAAAAACCAUUUCCAUUUUUGGCUUGGAUCACAAAGUCAGAACACCAACCGGUCGGCGGCCUCAUCUAAUCCGACGGCUUUCAUUGAGGUCCACAUUGAUCCAUCGCACGCCUUCGUGUUGAAAAACAUCAAGUCAUUGUACCUACACUUCUUUUGCGGAAUAGGUCCUGGCGUGACAUUGUCACAACAGCUUGUUCGAUCGGCCCUUAACAUCAAGAAGCUAACCAUCUGUCCCAACAGUCGCAGUGAUGCUCCUGCAUCUAACGAGUUUCAGGCGGCACUUGAACUCUUCCUGCACGACAUCCAACAGAUUCGCUCGCUCCAAACGGUGCGACUUGCUGACCCCAUUCCCAGAGAAUUCACUCAACCGUUGGCAUUGUCUAAAUUAUUCGUAUUCCGAUUGGAGUCCAUUUGUUCGGGCCUCUCUCACCGCGGUUGUGACCACAAUACUGCCCGGUCUCCUGAAAGCUACGCUGGGCAAGUUCCCACUGAAGGAAAUGUCAGAAACUCCAUCGCUUUGCAUCAAAACAUCCAACAGUUUCUAUGGACAGCAGUGAGGCCAGCAAGACGCUGGCAUAUGAGCUUCUUUUUGCCAGGAAUGCGUUGA